AUGCCUAUCCCACAGGAGCCUGCAGGGGCCAUCACAGAGGUAGACCAUCCUCAUGGUUCCAAAAGUGCUAAUGCAAACAGAGGAAAAGCUGAAGAGGUAAUGGUUGGUGGCAAGGUUGCUUUUGGGGGGAUUUCAUCAAGUAAUGUAGCCACAUGUGGCCUUGGUGCUGUUCAGGUCAUAGCCACCGGGGUGACUACUUGGUUGGUGGACAAAGCAGGCCGUCGACUUCUGCUUAUUAUCUCUUCUGCUGGAAUGACAGUUAGCCUCCUAAUCGUUGCAGUAGCAUUCUUUCUAAAGGAUUUGGUAGCAACUGAUUCAAAUUUUUUUAGCAUAUUGGGCAUCAUAACAGUGGUUGGAGUUGUGGCCAUGGUACUUUUCUUCUCUCUGGGUGUAGGAGCUAUUCCAUGGAUUAUAAUGUCCGAGAUUCUUCCAGUUAAUAUUAAAGGCCUUGCCGGAAGCAUAGCAACACUUGCCAACUGGUUCAUAUCCUGGGUGGUCACGAUGACUGCAAACUUGCUGUUGGAAUGGAGCAGCGGAGGAACCUUCACCAUUUACAUGCUUGUGAGUGCUUUCACUGUCGUAUUUGUAACCAUUUGGGUUCCCGAGACGAAAGGGAGAACUCUGGAAGAGAUUCAGUUCUCCUUCAGAUGA